AAAUCUUGAUUGGUAAAAAAGUGGUUUUUAGAAAAUCAAAAACCAAAAACUACUGCAAAUAAUUUUUUUCUAAAACUUUAAUAGCUAACGAAUAGUUUUAUGGAAAAUAAAAAGUCAUUGUAAAAUAUUUUUCAGGUUUCCAAACACACACACGAUCAUCAAAAAAAAAGAACAUGGGCUUCCCACUCUGUUUCAAAAUAACCGCCAACACGUCAAAUACACACACAGAAACUACUUCCCUGCUUUGUCUCCCAAGAACUUUCUUUCCUCUAGCAAACUUCUCCAAUGGCGUCUUCUCUCUUCAUCAUCUUCUUCCUCACUAUACUCCCCCUCUCAGUUCUCUCCGCCACAGUACUCGAAGACCUCGCAAACCUCACUCCCCCUCCCGACUUCACCAACACCAUCACCCAAAACUGCAUCCGCAACCCACUCCUCCGCUACUGCAACAACACUUCCUCUUCCUCUCCCAUGGACAUCGUCGAGAUCUUCCGCUCCACCAUCGUCGCAAGCCACCUCUGCAACGAGUCCAAAAACCCAAACUGCGUCGAGUCUUUCCCCAAGAUCAGAAUCCACAGCCGCCCCAAAACCGCCGCUCUCUACCUCUCCUUCGACUUCUUCUGGAAGUACUGUCCCUUAACCGUCGUCGAGAUCGAUCUCGUCAACAACUCUCUCAACAGCGAGUUCCCCACGAACGUCCUCUCUUGCGCUCAGCUUCGAACCCUUGACCUGAGCUACAACCAGCUCUCCGGUUUCGUCCCGGUUCAGAACCUAACCGGUUUAGCGAACUUGACGCGUUUAAACCUCUCGUAUAACCGUUUCUCCGAGGAUAAUAAGAUCUCCGACUCCGAGUUCUUCAAACGGUUCAACGCCUCGAGCUUCGUACACUCCGGUGUUCUUCCGGAUGCGAAGCGUUACAAGGUGAAGGUUCUAGUCUUGUUGAUUGUGUUUCCGAUAACGGUGAUCCUCCUCUGUUUCUGCUUGGGGUGGAUGUGUCUGAAAAGACCUGAUUACUUACCGAGAACGUGUCGGAGAAACCACAAGUUCACGUCCGAGAUGAUCGACGCGGCGACGGACGAGUUUUCGGACCAGAAGCUUGUGAGCAAGAGCGGUGGGGUGGAUAUUUUCAGAGGAACGUUGAGAGAUGGUACGGAGGCGAAGAUAGAGGUUUAUACGGAGAAGGUUUCGAAAGAGAAGAGGCGUGAGUUCGCGGAAGAGUGUGAGGCGGUUUUUAAGUUAAGACAUAAGAACUUUGUGAGAGUUUUGGGUUGGUGUAAUGGUAGAAGCUUGAGAGCUUUGGUUACUGAGUGGACUUAUGGUGAAAGUCUUGAGACUUGGCUGAACUCUUCUUUGGCUUGUUCGUGGAGAAGGAGGCUAAGAGUUGUUAUGGGAGUUGUGGAUGGUUUGUUUUAUGUAUCGGAACAUUGGCCUGAGGUUACACUUGGUCUUAGCACAAGCAGUGUUUUGUUGUCGGAUAAGGAUCAAGAACCGUUGAUCUCCCAGUUCAAGAUUGGAGAUGGAAACAACUCAUCAACAAAUAUAUUCAACUUUGGAUUGUUUCUUUUGGAGAUGAUUACGAAUCUAAGACCUGAUGAGGCACAAGAAGAUUCAGACAGGAGGUAUCUUGAGUACAUAAGAGUUCAUUAUCCGGAUAAUCUAGAGAGAGUGAUUGAUGAGAAGAUGAAGGUUGAGGAGAGGAUGUUGGAGAAAGUCAAGCAAGGGAUUACACUUGGACUUAUGUGUACUGAUAAGCCACCAUUGAAGCAACCGAGCUUGACGCAAAUUUAUGACUUGGUGGUUUCUUUGUAUGAGUCUAGCUCAAGGCAUCAUUGAGAUAGUGUUUAGUUUAGGGUUUGUUGAAGAAUUUAAGCUUUUACUAUUUAGUUUUAAAUUUUCAGAUGUUUAAUGGGAUUUCUACGGAUUUAAAAAAACAGAUUUUGUGUUACUUUGUUAGUGAAAUUGAAAUUUCUGUGAUUAUAAAUAUUUAUAAUUGAAUUAUUCUUGGAUUCACCAUGAACCUCUAGGUUCACCAUAUAAUGUUUUCAUAAGUAACUGUAUGUUUCCCACUGAAAAAGCCAUCGACAGUUACUUAUGAAAACAUUAUAUGGUUUUUGUAUUCUCAAAUUGAAGCAAUUUUAGUUUAUAACUAGAUGUCUUCCGCGCGAAACGCACAGAUAAUUGCUUUUAAAAUUUUACAAUUAGUUUUGUUAUUUAAAUAUAGAAUAUUGCAGAAUUCCAUAUGUACAUAAACUAUGUACUAUGUAAAAUAUAGUAUAUGAGGGGAGACAUGAUUUUUUUUGUUGUUUUAGUGUUUCAUAUAUUUUUAGCAUUUUUGUACUUAGAUUCUUUUUAUUAGUUUGCCAAAAUACCAAAAUUGUAUUUACAAGUAUCAAUAUUACCCGAUUUUAACAACUUUUAGCUCGUAAUCUACAAAGUAAA